CAGAAUUCAGAAGCGGUUUCGGUAUUACUUUAUGAGAAAGCAUUGAAUACAUAAUUCCGAAAGUACCCUUGAUGAAGCACAAUUGUUCCCAGCUUAACUAAAAACCCCAUUCACGGCUCACGCCAAAAGACUUUGCCAUCUUCCUCAUCACCCAAGAAAAACCAACUCGUCCGGGAAAAUAAAAAAGCAAUCCCAAGGAAUUCAUUUUCCUUCAUUCUUAAAAAUUUCUCUUGUUUGGGAAGAUCCUGGAAAUACCAUGAAAAGAAUCAGAGAUGAUAAACAACCAUAAAAACAUCGUCACCAUGCAUAUUUCGAGAUGGGUUUCAGAUCUUGAUUGGCGUUUUCUCUUUUUGAUAAUCCCACCUAUCUCUCUUUUUCUCUUCAUUUCUCUCUCCUCCACACCCAACAAUCCCUUUUCCUCUUUUGCCCCUCUCCGAGACUUUAUCAUCAGCCACGCCUUUUCGCCACCACCGCAGGUCGACAAUUCGAAUUCUUCGGUGAUAAAUGGGACAAACUCGGCGGGGACUCAGUCGUGGUGGAGGAAGAGGAAGGACGAGUUGGAUCGGUCAAGAAUGGCGGUUUGUUUGGUUGGUGGGGCCCGGAGGUUCGAGCUAACCGGACCGUCCAUUGUGGAGAAGAUUCUUAAAGUGUAUCCGAAUUCGGAUCUUUUUUUGCACAGUCCAUUGGACCAAAACUCGUUCAAGUUCUCACUUUUGAAAAGCGCUCCUAGACUCGCCUCGGUUCGAAUCUUCGAGCCCAAGACCUUGCCGGAAACCGAGUCACAGGUCCGAGUCCUCACGGCGGCCAACUCGCCCAACGGUAUUCAGGGCCUCUUGCAAUACUUCAACCUGGUGGAGGGUUGCCUAACAAUGAUCAAAGCGUACCAAGAAGAAAAAAACUUCAAAUACGACUGGAUAGUCCGAACCCGAGUCGACGGGUACUGGAACGCCCCGCUCGACCCGAGAAACUUCGUCCCGGGCAAAUACUUGGUCCCGCCCGGAUCCACAUUCGGCGGACUCAACGACCGACUCGGAAUCGGCGAUUUCAACACCUCCACGGUGGCACUCUCGCGACUCGCGCUAAUCCCGAAGCUCGACUCGGCCGGGUACCACCAACUCAACUCGGAGGCAUCGUUCAAGUUCCAACUCAGCACCCUCGGCGUCCCUUACAUCGCCAAACGCCUCCCAUUCUGCAUUGUGUCCGACCGGAAAUACUCGUUUCCGCCGUCCCCCUACGGCGUUCCGGUGGCGGCGAUUUCGAGCCCGGGCCCACUGAGUGGGGCGAAGUGCAGGCCGUGCACGCCGGCGUGUCAAGACAAGUGCGUGGCCAACGUGAUGCUAUCGCUUUACAAAGGGUGGAGCUGGACCAACUGGAGGAACGGGGCGCUUCAGCUCUGCGACGCGCAUGGGGACUGGGAAAAAGGGUGGGAGAAAAUUUUUGACCGAGUCGCCGGAAAAAAACUCGCUGAGUCGAGGAAGCGAGUUAAGAAGAUGAAGUUGAAACAGUGUGUGGAUGAUUUUGAGGAGAUGAAGAAAAAGAGGAGUGGGAGUUGGGAGAGUCCAGAGGUGGAGGUGAUGUGUAGAGUUGGGUUGGGGUUGGGACCAAAGUGACUACUUUUUAGAGGGGAGGGAAUCUCAGGUUUUUUUGACAGUUACUUUGUAAAAAGAAAAAAAAAAGGAACUUAGAGGGUAUUUUGGGAUUUUACUUGGAAUUUCUUUCUUUUUAAAAAAAAAAAAUAGUUUGUAUGUUUUUUUUUUACAGAUAAGUUCAAAGAGUUUGCUAGCUUUUUCGACUGGGCAGUCUUUAUUUGUGGAUAACUAUAACAUGGAUGACAAGAAAGUUGUAAGAGGAUUUAAAUAGAGUUUUAUUUUAGAAAUCAGAAAAUGGUGGGAUCCGCAUUUAAAUCUA